GAACUCGCUUAGCUCCGCAACGUCCGUAGGUUCCCUACAUAUACCAAGAACUUUUCACUAGUUAGGACAUCUGGACAUGCGAAAUUUCAGUCGCUCGAAAUGGCUCGUACUAAGCAGACCGCUCGCAAAUCCACCGGUGGCAAGGCGCCCCGCAAACAGUUGGCCACCAAAGCCGCUCGCAAGAGUGCGCCGGCCACUGGAGGAGUCAAGAAACCCCAUCGUUAUCGUCCCGGCACCGUCGCCCUUCGUGAAAUCCGUCGCUACCAAAAGUCGACCGAGCUUCUGAUCCGCAAGUUGCCAUUCCAGCGCUUGGUCAGAGAAAUCGCCCAGGAUUUCAAGACCGACUUGCGUUUCCAGAGCUCGGCCGUCAUGGCCCUGCAGGAGGCCAGCGAGGCUUACUUGGUGGGUCUUUUCGAAGACACCAACUUGUGCGCCAUCCACGCCAAGCGAGUCACCAUCGUGACGGCUCUAGAGACUGAAGUGGUCCAAAUCAAAGAACAGAUCGAGCCCCUCCUCACACUCCCCGCCUCAGUAGAGAAAUCUAAUCAAGAGAUGAAAAAAGGAUUCUCUGAAACCCAGGACCAACUAGCACAGCUAUCAGCCCUCAUACAAAGAUCCUUGAGCCCAGCCAACCAGUCCAGGCAAACCGCCCACCUCCCAAGCCAAUUUCAAAUACCACAACCAACACUAGCGCCUCUACAUCAAAGAAAUGACCCCCCCACUAAAGAUAAUCCAAUGGAACGCAAGAAGUCUUUAUAA